AGUUGAACCACGUAUAGCUUCACUAUCUGCGUCAUUCAUCCAUCCCCCGUUUCGGGAUAUCUCGAAUUUGGCGAGAGAAUGUGUCUUCUUUUCAAAUAACCUAUCCAUCGAAGGCAGGCGGAGCGGUGGAUAGGAUGGCUUUCUUCGUAGCUGACCAUUCUGAUGGAGUUCUUUGGAUUGGUGAGGACUCGACCUCCCGUUCCGGCCAUGGCCGCCUCGUCUCCGUUCACGAACAAACGGCGGUAUCGGUGGCCCCGGCGACGGCACUGGUGGGGGUGGGAAGGCGGCGGCUGGAUCGCGGGAACUGAGGAGAGAACGGAAGAGCAGAGGGGGAAGUUGGGGCGGAUAUCCGAUGGUUGGGCGUGGAGGGUCUCCCGUGUUUCGCGACCCACUGCGGUUGGCUGGAGGUUUUCGCUGUGCUAAUUAGGGUAAAGCCAGUUUUCCCUUCCAAGGCAUCCCCCUCCAAACGUAAAUAAGGCACCGAUCCUCCCUGCCUUCCCUUUUCUUUUCUGUUCCAGAGGAGAGAAGAAAAGGGAAGAAAAUGUGGGAGUCGAAAAAUAAGAAAAGAGAUCUUUUUUCUCCACUUUCUACCAUGCCAUUGUUCAAUUAGCUCUUAAUCAUCCUCUGUCGAGAUCAUCGGAUAGUUUUUAUCUGGACUUGAUCCAGACAUCAUUAAAUGGAUUCUGCACGGGGGAGUGCAUAUAUAGAACAUGCAAGCACACAUCUUGAGACAGGAACUGUUAGAGGUGAUGAACUGCCUAAGCCUGGAAAUGAGCCCAUAAUCGAUGAAGAUGCACGAUGCUCAUCGUCCUCUUCCUCGGAUACUUCAUCGGAGGAAGAUUUCUUCCAACUAGAUGCAAUUGAGCUAAGCAAGGCAACAGCAACACAUGAUGAGAUGCCAGGCAACAACUUAAGGCCUCCUCAACAUGGAGCAAAUGCUCAGUCAGAAGCAGCAGUUAUAGGCUCGGCUGGUAAACAGGAAGUGAAAAAUAUAAGUCAGGAUGAGAGUAUGUUUGUUGGAUCAGUACAGGCAGGUCAGGUGCCAUCAGAAACACCAUUCUAUCCAUAUCCUAGUCCUGGAUCAGAUUAUGUUGGAGCAAAACAGCCCCCUCCGGUCCAGGUGAUGGGGAAAUCAGAUGGUUUUGAUCCCAACAGGAUCCCAUCUUCCAUUUUCAUGAGGACCAAGUCUACGGCACCCAUGGAAUGGAGUGUGGCUUCUAAUGAAUCAUUGUUCAGUAUCCAAAUGGGAAGGUCUGGAGACCUGACUGGCUUCUACAAUGGCCAAUGGGAUGGUUAUCCACCCAUUUCUCCUUUACCUGUCUCUAGUCCAGCGAAAAGUGCAGGCACAGGACUGGGUUUAGAGGAGCCCAGCGUGGCUGAAGCAGCAAAUGCUGAGGCCAUGAAGGAUGUUUUAAGGGCAGCUGCAGAAGAAAAGGGCAACCCUUUGGCUGGGGGUAUGCCUCAUUGUGAUAGCAAGCGUUCUGAUAGCAGUGUUAACAGCUACCGCUCUUUUGCAUUUCCGAUCUUGACAGAUGGAAAAAACGAGUCCAUAAAAGUUGAAUCAGUGCAUCAGCGUACACCAAAGGAGCAGCCAGGGCGACCUCAGCCACAGACUGAGUCUCCCAAAGCAGUUCCUGGUGCUGCACAAAACAAAUGGUUUCCAUGCUUUUCCUGUUGCUCAUUUUGUUGCUGAAUUGUUUCUGCUGAAUCCAUAUUGGCAGUUGAGCUGUGAGGGGACGUGCGAAGGUGGCGUUACGCCUUAAUAUCCUCAAAGCUACCAAAAAGGAUGGAAGGAGACUCAGAUCAGCUGCAAAUGGAAGUAUCGAAAGAGUAAAUCCUUCGCCCUUGGGCAAUGAUGGCUACACUCAGGUGAGUUCUGCACAACUCAUGUACACAGGCAGAUGGCCUCCAGAGCGAGUUUUGGUUUCAGAGUUUCCUGCUUAUCUGAUCUGUGUAAUUGUGGCUGAUGCAUCUAGUUGUUUGUUUCCUUGAGUACAGUGGCUUCGGGUGUUCACCCUCAUAUUUGCUGUCCAAAGCCACAGUUGCACUAUGAAAAAAUAUUUGCAUGCUAGUUUUUGUGAUCAACGAACUUUUUUUCUUUUGGCCUUUUUCUUC